GGCACAAACAUGUUUUUGUUAUUAUUCUAUAAAACCCGCGAUAAGUUAUGCGCCGCCUCAGUGGAAAACCAGUUCUUGAAUGAUAAACAUUGUAAUAAUAUACUCCAACUGUGCGUGUAUUAAAAAAUUCUAAUCCAGUGUUUUUAAUUUUAUUUGGAACUCGUUGAACGUAAUUAGAAACCGGAAGUGACAUUUUUCAGUGUUUGUUUUGAUUCGCUAAUAUUGGCAGCACUGAUCGCGCGAUUUUACGUCAACGGGUACUUGUUCUGUCAUCGAUCUAAUAAUAUUGGCUAUUUUAAUUUAUUUGCCAAGGUUUUACAUAAACACUAGUGUAUCUUAACGUUAUUAAGUCGUGAGUGAUCAGUGUUAACUUGUGGUCAGAGAACUUUAAAAAAAAUACGCGUACGUGAUUUGCACUGUUCUUCAAUAAAUCUUUGUUAUAGUCGGAAAUAUUGGUUUUAUUUAAAUAUUAACAAUUAGUGACUCAAAGUUUUUCAAUCAUGUCGUCGUUGGGGGGCCAGUGGCGAGCCAUAAGACAUUAUCUAUCAAUAACAAACUUGAAUUCUGAAGUAGAAAAAUUAGUCCAAAGAAUAAAGCCUGCGACACCAGAACAAUGGGAAAAUCUUAUAAAAAAGUUUGAAAAUGGUGUCACUCAACGAUUUUCACAAGUUGAAGCUAAAGCAAAUAAAACAAAGUUCAUAAAACAUACUGUUAAAGCAACAUCUAUAGAGGAAAGUAAAAUUGGAACUAAGGAAAAAUCAGAUAAUCUUGAAGAAAAAGACACCCUUACUGUAGGUUCCGAAGCUAAGGAAAUAACUUUUGAAGGAAUAUGGGAAGGGAUAAAAUUAAAAAAGGAUUUGCAAUUAGGAAAAAUGUCAGAGCCCAGUUGGAAAUCAAACAAACCAAUUGUAACAAAGACAUCAAUCCACUCGCGAACAGCGUACGUAAUAUCCGCCUUAGUGACAGCUGAAACGUCAGAAUGCCUUCUUAAACGGACUGAACAUUUUAUUGAGCAUUUACAACAGUACCCUGAAGCUAGAGAUUACGCUAUUAAGGAAGGCGCGGUAAGGGCAUUAUUAAGAGUACAACACAAGCUCAAGUGUAGUGACGUGUCUGUUGGUGAUGACGUUAAAGGAAUUGUUAACGAGGCAUUAGCUCUGCUGGGCUACACAGGUCCAACAAAGAGCCGUGGUCCCAAUGUAUUGUCAAUAGAUGGCGGUGGUAUUCGGGGAAUUAUCGCGAUUGAGAUAUUGCGGCAUCUCGAAAUAUUGACUGGCAAAAAAGUGCACGAACUGUUUGACUAUAUUGUUGGAGUCAGCACUGGAGCUAUUAUAACCGCAGUUAUAGCAAGUGGAGCAGGCACCUUGGAGACUGCCAAUCAAAUGUAUGUUACUCUGUCUAAACAAAUGUUUGGAAACACAUCGCUCAUUGGCGGUACGUCAAGGUUAGUAUGGACACACUCGUACUACGACACAGAGGCGUGGGAGAAAAUGCUACAGGAUAAUUUGAAAGGCAUCACUCUUACACAAUGCAACCGUUACAAUAUGCCUAAAAUGUCAGUGGUAUCGUGCGUAGUGAACUCCGGUUCCCGUCUCGCCCCGUUCCUAUUCCGUACGUACGAGUGCGGAUUCCGCGUACGAUCCGUAUUCCCAGGAACGAGUCGGGCUGAACUCUGGCAGGCUGUGAGAGCUUCUGCCGCCGCACCUACUUAUUUCACUGAAUUCAACUUAGAUGGAUUAUUGCAUCAGGAUGGAGGUAUCAUGGUGAACAAUCCGACAGCAGUGGGCCUACAUGAAGCCAAACUGUUAUUCGGUCCAAAUGCCAUGAAAAAUGGUACAGUAAUAUCCGUGGGGACAGGCCAGGCGUUAAACAAACAUUUGGAUUAUCAACUCCUUAGUAAGGGCUUAGCGAAGGACACGUCUGGAACCAGUUGGAAGAACAAAUUCAAUAAAAUUCUUGACUCGGCGACGGAUACUGAAGGUGUACACCUAGCCCUAAACGAUCUCCUACCACCGGGUUCAUACUACCGUUUUAAUCCACCGCUUCACGAGGAAUGCGCGAUGGACGAAAUCAACCCGGAAAAACUGAAAAACAUGAUAACAGACACGAACGCAUACAUUCGCAGGAACCAGCACAAAUUCGAACAAGCCGCCGCCAUGUUGGUAAGAAAACGAACUGUUGUACAAAGGGUAUGCGAUUUUGUUGAGCAUAGAGCUCAGUUAAUGGGCAUCAGUCAGGCGAAUUGACAGACAGUUGACAGGCUUCCUGUCAAUCAGGUUGUUGAAGCCGACGCUGAUUUAGCGAAGUCGAAGAAAAAAUAAUCGGAAGUUGUGUUUAGGAAUUUCGUUAAAUAUUUCGAAGUGUAUCUGGAGAUAGGUCUAUGUCUUAUUUGAUUGACUAAAUUGCAAUAUUAUUAUAUAACGUUAUUUUUUUGUGAUUCUAAAUUGUUAUAUAAUAAAAAAAAAUACUUGUAAGAUGUUGUAGUCGGCUUCAAGUUUCGGAAUACUAGAUUUUUCUAGAACAUUCCAUUUUUAUUUUUGUUUAUUCUUCAAUUUAAGAGAUGUUAUAGCGGUUUCUUCCCAUAAUGAAGAAACGUCAAAUAGGCUCUUAUACUGCUAUGCUUUUGUUAAUAAUUCCUAUAUUUUUUGCAUUGUUGAAACGGCUUAUAGUAUAAUCAUGUAGAGAAGCAAUUGUGAUAUUAUAAUUAAUUGUUUAAAUAAGUGUUGCUAGAGGAGAUAAUGAACAACAUUCGUCUUAUGUCUUUAUGUAUAGUUUAUUCUUAAAAAAGUGUUAAAUACGUUUUAGAAUACGGACGCAAAUAUUUUCAAUCUAGCAACAGAGACAAAGUUCGAAUAUAAAAUCUUAAAGAUUUAAUUAAUUAUUAAUUACAUCGUUAUUUAGUUUAUCGUGACGUUUAAAUGCGUUUUAAUAUCUACUAUUAUGUGAUCCUUAAAUAGAAUUUAAGACAUAAUCCAAAAUCUCAGAGCAAAGCACUAAGUUCUAAGGGUCAAAAUAAAGCGCGGGCUCCGACUUUCGGUUGUCAAAUUCAAAACAUUUACUGUACUAUACAGGAUAGCGCUACGUUUUGUUCUACAUCGGUGGGUUGACAGAUCUUACCCAUUGUUUGUUAUUUUAGCAGAGUUGACACUACACUCGUUAAAUAGCUUUUUUGAGGUGUCUACCGCGGAUCGUGGAUUAGGUUCACUUAAAAAUAAGCCUAGCUUAUAUUAUAUUAGUUAUUUAAAAGAAUUUAUUAUUAGCAUGUAAGUAGUUGUAGAUGAUACUCUAGUCAUUUGUAAUUUCAUGAAUAAAAUUUACA